UAGCGUCAUGACGUAAUUUUAACGGCUAUUGAUAUUGGUCUGUCGCUGGAGGUUUAUUGUUUGGGGCUAGCAGGACUGCAGACAACGACAGAAAAACUGUUGCCUGGAUUCUUACCUUUUCACCUCAUCAGUUACUUUUGAGCAGAUCAAAGGGAUCUCCUGACCGAAAAGCGCAGAGCGCGUUUUCGAUGCUGCGUGAGGUGACAUCACGACCACAGCACAGAAUGUUGCGGCUUCGCUGUAAGACCAAAAAUGGGAGCCACAUAAUGCAGGGUCUGACUCAUCAGUCCUGCGUUCAGGAGCUAAAGACCAAAGUGGAGGAGCUGACAGGGAUCGCCUGUGAUGUGCAGAAAAUAAUGGUUGGGUAUCCUCCAUCCAGCCUUGACCUUCGAAAUGGAGAUGCACACCUAAAGGACUACCCCAUUAAAUCAGGAGACACGCUCAUUGUUGAGGAAGAGCAAAACAAGCCAAAACCUCAGGAUCAUCUCGUUGUGAAAGUACCACGCCUGGAAGCCUCACCUGUGCUGGUACGUCGGGUGGUCCCAGCUGACAACUCCUGCCUCUUCACCAGUAUUUAUUAUGUUGUGGAGGGAGGUGUGUACGACCCCGCUUGUGCCCCUGAGAUGCGUGGCCUUAUUUCCCAGAUAGUGUCAAGUGACCCUGCAGCUUAUUCUGAGGCUGUGCUGGGAAAAACAAAUGAGGACUACUGCACCUGGAUAAGACGCGAUGACACUUGGGGAGGAGCCAUUGAGGUGUCUAUUUUGUCUAAGUUUUACCAGUGUGAGAUCUGUGUGGUGGACACUCAGACAGUUCGAGUAGAUAGAUUUGGGGAGGAUGCUGGCUACCACAAACGUGUCUUGCUCAUCUACGACGGCAUCCACUAUGACCCGCUGCAGAAAGUGAUGCCCGGUUCUGAAAGCCCCCCUCAGACUAUCUUUUCCACAACAGAUGACAUAAUCUUGGCUCAGGCUCUAGAGUUGGCAGAUGAGGCUCGCCGCAAGCGCCAGUUCACAGAUGUUAACCGCUUCGCACUGCGCUGCAUGGUGUGUCAAACUGGCCUGGUGGGACAAAAGGAGGCGCGUGAACACGCCAAGGAGACGGGCCACACCAAUUUUGGUGAAGUUUGAAGGUUUUAUCGUUUCUCGCACUCACAAUAACCUCUACAACUUUGUGUUUGAUGUCUGGCAACAAUGUUGGUGUGUUUGCUUGAGUGGUAUUCUACCUCACAUUGUCCCAUACCGUAAUUAAAGGAUCUGCAUACACUGUUAUCAGCCUCUCACCUGUUCAGUAUUACUCUUUUAACUGCUGAAAGCUCUUAAGGUCAGAAACACUGUUACAGUGCUCUGAUGUAACUAAACUAUGACGUUAGUUUGUUGGAGGUGGAUUUGGACUUUUCAAUUGAAUUUAGGUAAAUAUGCAAACAAUUCUUAGGAUUAUUUAGAUCAAGUCAUCAGCCUAACACUACAAUGGCCCAAAAGGUUCAACAAGACACAAAAGUUAUAAACUCACCAAGCCCGAACACUGUUGUCUCUCAUUUUCUUAAGUUUUGGGUGCAAUUAAAGUAUUCGGAUUAAUUCUGUUAUAGUGUAAACUUCAUGCAGUGUUUUGUUGUUGUGUUGCAGCUUAGUAUGGUGGCCCAAAAGGUUCAACAAAAUACAAGCACCUCAACAUUAGGAAUAGGUACCGAAUUCAGUACUUUUUAAGGCACCGACCAAAUUCCAUAGUUCCGACUCGGUACCGAUUCACCUCAUAUGAAACGGCGCCUUGUUUUGGUGCCGGCGCCAGAGCGUAACGUCGUCAGUCACUGUGGACGAGCUGUAAACAAAGAAGCAUGGCAGAGAGGAGCGUUCUGAAGUUGGGGUCCACUGGGUGCUAGUGCUGGUUGUUGUGAUGCAGCGCUUGAAUUUGCUUGAAUCUUCUGAGCCAAUGUAAAAUAAUAUCUUCAUUUUUUAAAAGUACCAAAUUGCCACUAACCGAACCUUGAUGUGCUAAAUAUGAGUUUCAUGGCUCAAACACAGCAAGUAUGACUGUUAUUCUUGUUAGCUUAGUAGCUUUUUUUUUCCCCGGUUUGUAAACAAUUUAGAAAUUCUCCUGAUGGUGGAUUUAUUUGGUUAGCUUUAGGUAUUUAAACAGAGCCGUUGCCUGUGUUAUCUGCCAUCACAUCAUUCUAAGUUGAUAUAGCAGUGAGAACAGCGUUUAUGCAUUUUAUCAUAAAGCAACGUGUCCAAAAAGAGCCUCUUUUUGAUUUAUUAAUGAAAUGAAUUUACAAAUGAGCAACAGUGUUCUAAAAUUCUGCUUUCAAGAUUCAACAUGUACAUUUUCUUUGGCACAUUUUGAUGAAAAACAGCUCAAAACCUAAAUGCAUUGAAGUGUUUGAACAAAUCAAAGGUGGCGGUAAUGUGAAAUAGCUUUAUGGCAUGUGUUCUUCUCUUCAUACAUUUAUUUUUUUGGGUACAGUUCUUUUCUCAUCAGUAUCAACCAUUUACCUUUUUAUUGUCAUAUUCAGGCUGGUCUUUGGAUAAUUAAUAGAGGAAUUCUUGGUUUUAACAUCUGAUUGUGCCUGUUUGGGGGGUUUUAGGAGGCAUCUUGGGUCCUAAUAAGUUCAUGUUUGGUGCACGUUAUCCAAGCAUUUCCACGGUUCUACUGUACGUUUUGCGCAACUGGAACAUGUUCUCACAUUUUUAUCUGAAGUCAGGGUAUGGGCUCUGCGUGCACUGAAGAGUUUGUCAAACAUCAGUAAAGAUUCAGCCGGAGGCUGUAAGGAUUGUUGUUUUUGGUGCUUGUGAAUUUCAGAAACCACAUUAGUGUUUUUAGAACUGAUUUUCUCUGAUGUUGAUUUUAGGUUGUUGCCAAAAGCAAAGAAACACGAUUGGAGCUUUUAAAAAAAGAUUCAAACUUUUUGUAAUUAAUAAAUUAAAGUGAGGAGUUGGUGUUUGGUGAAUUAUAUUUUUGUGUGUGUGAAUUUGUACAUCACAUAUUUUGUAGUCUAUUUAGCAGCUUGCUUUAGGUGACACUAUGAAAUUGAACUGAACAUGUUUUUUGGACUAAUGGUAACACUGAAUGUUGCACAAAUAACUAUGGAAUAACUGGAUUUACUUGAUUUCUUGUGUUGUCACAAUUAAACCUGUAACCAACAGCGGUA